CUCCUCCAGCCAGAUCCUGGUCGUGGCUCCACAUCUGCACGAAGUUCCCCUCCUGUGUUUAAAUCCCACGGAGACGUCCCAGCGUCGGACGACAUGUUGGGUCGAGUGACUGUCAGCGGAGCGAGGAGGGCGACGAGGACGCUGUGGCUGCUGGUGCUGGUGGGUCUGUCCGUGAGCAUCUGUGUGUGUCGAGCAUCCUCCUCCUCCUCCGACAGCGCCAUGGAGAACAUCGUCACGGAGAAGCAGGCGGAGGAGAGCCACCGGCAGGACAGCGCCGACCUGCUCAUCUUCAUCCUGCUGCUCACCCUCACCAUCCUCACCAUCUGGCUGUUCAAGCACCGGCGCUUCAGGUUCCUGCAUGAGACCGGACUGGCCAUGAUCUAUGGCGUGCUUGUUGGCGUUGUCCUACGUUACGGCAUCCACGUUCCUCGGGACAUCAGCAACGUCACGCUGAGCUGCAACGUGAACGCCAGUCCCGCCACCCUGCUCAUCAACGUCAGCGGCAAGUUCUACGAGUACACUCUGAAAGGGGAGAUCAGUCCCAACGAGGUGGACGACGUGCAAGAUAAUGAGAUGCUAAGAAAGGUGACCUUUGACCCUGAAGUGUUCUUCAACAUUCUUCUACCACCGAUCAUCUUCCAUGCUGGCUACAGCUUGAAAAGGAGACAUUUUUUCCGUAACAUGGGAUCUAUUCUCGCUUAUGCCUUUCUGGGGACGGUUAUUUCCUGUUUCGUUAUCGGGUUGAUGAUGUACGGCUGUGUGACGCUGAUGAAGCAGGUGGGGCAGCUGGGCGGAGACUUCUUCUUCACCGAUUGUCUUUUCUUUGGAGCCAUCGUCUCGGCCACAGACCCCGUGACGGUCCUGGCCAUCUUCAACGAGCUGCAUGUGGACGUGGAUUUGUACGCGUUGCUGUUUGGAGAGAGCGUGCUCAACGACGCCGUGGCCUUGGUUCUGUCCUCGUCUAUAGUAGCGUACCAGCCCGAGGGAGAGAACACGCACAACUUCGAUAUCGUGGCGAUACUGAAAUCUUUUGGGGUUUUCCUCGGAGUCUUCAGCGGCUCCUUCGCUCUCGGGGUGGCCACCGGAGUCGUCACUGCUCUCGUGACCAAGUUCACAAAGCUGAGAGAUUUCCCGCUGCUGGAGACGGCUCUGUUCUUCCUCAUGUCAUGGAGCACGUUCCUGUUGGCUGAGGCCUGUGGCUUCACAGGCGUGGUGGCUGUGCUGUUCUGUGGAAUCACUCAGGCCCACUACACCUUCAACAACCUGUCCCCCGAGUCCCAGGACCGGACCAAACAGCUGUUCGAGGUGCUGAACUUCCUGGCGGAGAACUUCAUUUUCUCCUACAUGGGUCUGACCCUGUUCACCUUCCAGAGCCAUGUCUUUAAUCCCAUGUUCAUCGUUGGAGCUUUUCUGGCAGUGUUCCUGGGUAGAGCCGCCAACAUCUACCCUCUCUCCUUCCUUCUUAAUCUGGGGCGACGCAACAAGAUCCGGUCCAACUUUCAGCACAUGAUGAUGUUCGCAGGACUGCGUGGUGCGAUGACCUUCGCCCUGUCCAUCAGGGACACGGCCACGUACGCCCGUCAGAUGAUGUUCUCCACCACUCUGCUCGUGGUCUUCUUCACCGUGUGGGUUUGUGGAGGCGGCACCACCCAGAUGUUGUCUUGCCAGCGCAUAAGAGUGGGAGUGGACUCUGAUCUAGAUAACCCUAUGAGCAUCGCCGAGGGACCAGAGAGAAGAAGCACCAAACUAGAAAGUGCUUAUCUAUUCAGGAUUUGGUACAACUUUGACCACAACUACCUGAAGCCCAUCCUGACUCACAGCGGCCCCCCCCUCACAGCCACGCUGCCUCCCUGCUGCGCCCCCUUCGCCCGCUUCCUCACCAGCCCCCAGGCCUUCGAGAAUGAAACCCAGUUGAAGGAUGACGACUCUGACCUCAUCCUGACCGACGGCGACAUCAACUUGACUUACGGCGACAUCACGGUCAGCACAGACGCCUCCGGGGCGCACACCAGCGGCGGCCUGGCCUUCGCUGGCGUCACCUCUGACGACCUGGACAGAGAGUUGACGUACGGAGACCACGAGCUGGUGAUGAGGGGCACACGCCUGGUGCUGCCCAUGGAUGACUCUGAGCCGCCCUUCACAGACCCCCGACUCCGCAUGCAGAUGUGAAGCAGUCAGUCUGUCGGCGCAGACGCAGACGCAGACAACCGUCCCAACUCCCACUGACCCGAGCCAUCGAGCAAAAGACCAGUACCUGUCAUUCUGCCUCUGAAUUCUCUUUUGCUCCGGCAUCGUUUCUCAUUCCUCUUGCUUUUUUCACUUUUCUCACUGCUUCAUAUCCUCACUCUCAAAGUCACUGUCUCUACCUCAUUCUCAUUCUUCUCGUUUCCACACUUUCCAGAAAUAUAUUCUAAUUUAUUUGCCGGGUUUUUCGUCGGCAGUCAAUUUCUCUCAGGUUGGCUUCAACUUGUGUGCUAGUUACCUUGACUGUAGCAUCGCACAGAGGUCCAGCAGCAUGUGUUCGUGUGUAAACGCAAGUACCAACCACUUAUCUAAUUUGUCGACGUACAGUAUAUCACUAUAUCUUUGAUAUGCAUGCUGAGGAUGCUCGUUGUUUUCUUUGUGUGUGAGGUCGAGGGCUUUUGUGUUUCUGGGUCUGACCUUGAAUGUUGCUGCCUUCUCUCUGUGCGCCAGAGACCUGCUGACCCAGUGGACAACUUUACUGUACAUUUGGUUACAAUCAAGUGCCUGGGAGUCGUAGUUUUACGCCCGGCGACCCACACUGGAUCAGCCCUGGGAUUCAGAGCUGUCUGAGGAUGGGUCGGUCACGCGGUCGAGGUUUUCCUUUGUAAAAAAAAAAAGAAGAGAAAAACCCAAAAAACGAAACAGACACCUCUGUCCAUAAGGUAGCAAUAUACUCAGCGGGUGUUGGGGCUGUCGGUUUGUGUUAUUUGCGUGUGAGUAGUGUGUAGCGAUGUGAGGCCACAGAUGCGUUGUGACCUGGCAGUGAAAGUCGUGGAUCUCUCCCAAUGACCUUUGACUGUGACAUAGAGAUGGACUUUACACCUUAUUUUAGAAGCUGAUGCCGCUCCCAACUGAACGAAGGGCUGCUGUGAGAUCCAAAUGACGAGAGCUUAGUGCCAUCCGCAUCCUGCAUUUCCACUUUUUGUGAAAACCAAGUGCAGUUGAUGUUAUUCAAGUGUUUUAUAUUCUUUUUGGCAACAGAGCUUAUGUAUUUUAAUCCGAAUCACUUUUUUCAUAGUCAUAUUUGGCUUCAUGCACAUUUUUAUAAUCGUUGUCGAGACUUUGAAUCCAAUUUUCUCAUUAAAUAACAAAGAUAGUUAUAUGAAUUUGACAGUAAAGGAAGUUGGACCAUGUUAUUGGUAAGCACACUGGUGUUUUGUAAGUAUAACUUUGGUAAAUCAAAGAAUUGAUUGUCUCUGUGUCUGAUUUAAUUGGGGCUGCAGCUAAUCGUUACUUUCAUUGUUGAUUCAUCGUUAUUUUUUGAUUGAUUGAUCAUUGUUUUGCCUAUAAAUGUCAAAAAAUACUGAACAAAGCCCAAAGAUAUACAUUUUCCAAGCACAUGUGACUAAAAAUAACAAGCAUUUGCAUUUAUGAAGCUGGAUGCAGUGAAUUCUUUCUGAUAUUUAUGUGGGAGUUUAUUUCAAGAACAGAACGACUGUAGUUGUUGAUAUGCUGGAGGUUUUUCUCUGCCGUCCUUUAGGAUUCAUGGCUUGAUAUUUAAACAGGAAGUUAAAUAGCAUGAACGUGCUUCAAGUCAUAAAUAUAUGUACUUCUCAAAAAUGUUUCUCAAAGACGGACGUGUUACAUCUAACUUGUUGUCUUACUCCCGUCUUUCGCACGCUGUCGGGGUUAUUUUCGUGCGUGUACGAGUAGAAUGGAAGGUUGUGUAGUCUCCUCCGGGAUGUGGAGUACAGCAGCUGUUAAUGCGGGUUCAACAGGAAGCGUUGAUAGGACGUCGCCGUGGCAACACUGUGUUGAUGCAGACAGAAGCCAGGAAACACUCGAUGACGCAGUCGAACACAACGGGUUAGUGGUUUACCCUCUUAGUGAGCCAAAGAAAAAGAAAAUCGGGUGUAUGCUUGAGGAUGGAGUUAAAGAAGAGAGUGUGAGAAAUAGAUGAUUAAAAUAAGAGGAAUUGAUGAGGAAGGAGAGUUUGGCCUUUUGUUUGUGUGUCAGUUCGUAUCUUGGGGAUGAAACAGAGGUGGAAGGAAGAGCAGGCGUUUCUAAAUAUCGCUUUUCCUUCCACAGUUAUCUUCUGCUGUGCAGGAACUUCUUAUUAAAAGUGUUCGGCGUCCAGGAAUCUAUUUAAUCUUCCCUCCACUUUAUACUUUUCAUCUGUGUUAUUUUGGAGUUUUAUUUUGUGGAAGGGAAACAAUGAUGUGGGGGGGGAAAAAGCGAAAUAAUUUGCACUCAUGUUUUAUUGCAAACUCAUAUAUGUUUUAUCUAAAAGCUGCUUUUUUAUUAUUAUUUACCUUGUGUUUGGGAAAGUUGUGAAAAAAAGAACGACAGUCUUAAAUGAUCGGUGAAGAAAUGUAUUUCGUAGACAUUCAGUUUGGUUCAUUACUAAAUACUUUGUGAAGAAUCAUGUCCACACUGUAGUGACAGGACUUUCAUUCUGUCAUCCCACAUUUACACUUUGCAGGUACUUUGUAUGUGUGUUCGCAACAAACUGCUGUUUAAAUGUCUUCUGCAGAGCAUGAAUCAUUCAUCCUCCACUUGACGGUGGGGAAAAAAAUGUCACAUUAUAUACAAACAGAGUUGUGUGCCACUGUUCUUUAAAUGACACAUUAAAAAAGUGCAAAUCUGCAAAAGCUCUCGUAGGUUUCGGUAUUUGCCUCCUGCUCUGCCAGUGUGUUUCUCUCUCUGCUCUCUGAAUGGUGACUGGUGAUCGGCUUUGACCAGUGGAAAUGAAGUAGGAGACCAAAGAGGCUGCUGUGCUCUGUCUUUAUUCUGCAAAGUGUGUGUGUGUGUGUGUGUGUGAGAGAGAGGAAGAGCGAGACAUUGCGUUCUCCCUUCUCCUCUGUGUUGCAGGUACUGACUCCUCUGUAUAAAUAUACUCUCCCCUGUUCAUGUGCGUGCAACGGUCAAUAAAUAGAAGCCUGUGCUUUUGAUUAAA